AUGGAUCAUGUGCUGAGCCAGGGAGCUGCGCUGCUACAGCUGCUACCCCUUCUGUGGCUGCUGCCCCAGUCCUGGACUGCCCCUGAAGCUCCUACUCCAGGGUGGAGGGAUGAGCUGCAAAACCACACGUUCCUGCACACAAUGUACUGCCAGAGCUGGAAUCCCAACGUGGGGCUCUCCGAAGCCUACAACAAGGACCAGCUUUUCUCCUUCGACUUUUCCCAGAAUAUCCGAGUGCCUCGCCUGCCUGAAUUUGCUGACUGGGCUCACAAGUCUCGAGAUACUUCCAACAUUUUCUUUGACAAAGCAUUCUGCCGGGCGAUCGUUGAGGAAAUUGGCCCAGAGCUUGAAGGGCAAAUCCCAGUGUCUAGAGGCCUCCCCAUCGCUGAGGUGUUCACUCUGAAGCCCCUGGAGUUUGGCAAGCCCAACACACUGGUCUGUUUCAUCAGUAACCUCUUCCCACCCACACUGACCGUGAACUGGCAGCAUGAUUCGGCCCCUGUGGAAGGAGCAAGGCCCACUUUUGUCUCAGCCAUCGAUGGACUCACCUUCCAGGCCUUUUCUUACUUAAACUUCACACCAGCACCCUCUGAUCUUUUCUCCUGCAUCGUGACUCAUGAGAUUGACAGCUACACAGCAAUCGCCUUUUGGGUGCCCCAGAAUGCGCUGCCCUCCGAUCUUCUGGAGAACAUGCUGUGCGGUGUAGCCUUUGGCCUGGGUGUGCUGGGCAUCAUUGUUGGCUCAGUCCUCAUCAUCUACUUCCGAAAACCUUGCUCAGGUGACUGACUCUUCCUGACCAGAGUCUGAGGCCAACAGCUGCAGCCAUCCAAGCAAGAGGUGUUCAAGUUUGUCACAUCCUACCCAGGAUCUCUCCUUCUCAGAGCAGGAGGCCCUGGGCCUUCCGCCGGUGUGUGUGUGUGUGUGUGUGUGU